AUGAGCUUAAAAAGACUCAGUUACGUCUCAGGGAUUGGAAAACCGCUUUUGGGUAAAACAAUCGGUGAUGUCCUAGCUCCUACACUUAAAUUGAAACAAAAGACAUUCAUAAAAAAAAUUUUUUUUAAAAAAAAAUUGAAUUUUCACUAAAAAAACUUUUUAUAAAAUUAUUGAUUAGGGGUAGCUACGUUAAAUAGCAUUAUGUUUUAUUCCGCAUUUAAUAUUAACAAUUAUAGGUAAGUUUUGAUUUUUGCAGCGUUAAUGAGUAUCAAAGCAAUUUGUAUAUAAAUUCUUAUUUUACCUAUAAUUUAAAGGUUAUUUAUUACUCAAAUAUGGAAAUUUGCCUAUAUUUUGCUCCAUUUUAAUAUUGGUUGAGUAAGAGAAACCACAAGAAAAUUCCCCAACAACGAUGCCCUCCUGAGUCUUCACGAAAACUCUAGAUGGACCUACUCUGAGCUUUUGCAACGUUCUGAACAAAUUGCUGAAGGCUUACUUGCCCUAGGCCUGCCUCGGCACAGUAGAGUUGGCAUAUUCUCUCCCACCUGCAAAGACUGAACCCUAACUCAGCUCGGCACUGCUUUAUCCGAUUUAAUCCUCGUCAACAUAAACCCAGCAUCCCAAAUCUCUGAGCUAGAAUACAUGCUAAAUAAAGCCCAAGUUUCUGCUCUUAUCAUGCCUCCCAGCUUCAGGACUUCCAAUUACAUCAACAUGGUCGAAAAUCUUGUCCCAGAAAUAAAUUCUUCCAAAAUUGGAGAAAUAUCGUCAUCAAAAUUGCCUCAUUUAAAGCAUGUGAUUUUAAUAGGAAACCAAACCCACAAAGGGAUGCUAAAUUUUGAUGAACUAUACCAUCAAAAAACUAAAGACUAUAAAGAAGUGACCCAUGAUAUCUCAUUUGAUGACCCAAGCUAUAUAAUUUUUACUUCAGGGACGACAGGAAAACCAAAAGGUGUUGUAUUGUCCCAUCACGGAGUCGUAAACUGUACCCAUAACAUUACAGAUUUAUUAGAAUGGGACGAAACUGACAAAGUGGUCGUCAGCGUGCCUUUAUAUCAUGUUUUUGGGUCUAUGGCAAACAUUUGCUGUGUAACACGUGGCUCUACUAUAGUAUACCCUGAUUAUGUAUUCAAGCCAGGACUUAUUAUGGAUACCGUAGAAUCCGAAAAAAUCACUUCUCUGCUAGGAGUCCCUACAAUGUUUCAGCUUUACCUUAAUGAACAAGAAAAGCAAAAAAGAAACGUGGAAUCAUUAAAAACUGCAUUUUCAACUGGCUCUGGAAUCGAUAGAGACACUAUGAACAGGAUUAUCCACGAGCUUCACAUAAAAAACGUCACAAAUGCGUUCGCUAUGACUGAAACUUCAGGCUCAAUGUUCCAAAUGCUGCAUAAUUCUCCUUUUGAAAAAAAAGUUAACACAGCAGGGGUGAUCCACCCAAAUCUUGAAGCAAAACUUAUUAAUAAAAAAGGGAAAAUUGUAGAAAUUGGAGAGGUUGGAGAAAUUUGUAUAAGAGGGUAUUCAGUGUUUAAGCAUUAUUGGGGUGAUGAAAAAGCGACAAAAGAAACUAUUGAUGGCAAUGGGUGGAUGCAUACAGGAGAUCUUGGGACUUUAGAUGAAGAUGGGUACUUGAGAAUUGUAGGGAGAAAUAAGGAUUUAAUUAUAAGGGGUGGGGAAAAUAUUUAUCCAGCGGAAAUUGAGAAUUUGUUAAUGAAACACCCUGAUAUUGAAAUGGCUUCAAUAUUUGGAAUUCCUGAUCACUAUGGAGGAGAGCAGGUAUGUGCGUGGAUCAAAAUGAAGCCUGGGAAGACUGAUAUUACCCAUGCAGGAGUUGUAGAGUACCUUAAAGGUAAACAUUAUUAAAAUUGUGGUUUGGCUGCUUUCUUGUGGCUGGGAUGGAGGUAUCCAGUAAUGUCUUUGGAUCUUGGAUAUUCCUCAACGAGAAGGCUAUCACAGGAGCAGCUUCUAAAAGCAUUUCAGUGCCUGCUAGAAUCCCAGGAAUGCUUUAAUAGUUGGGUCACAAAACAGCUAGCAUCUUUCUUUAAUAGCCUAAAGGCAAACUCUCUGACUUCAAGAUUCCAAGGACAGUCAAAAUAGUAAGCUCUUUUCCUAUGACGUCUUCUGGAAAAGUCAUGAAAUACGUGAUGAAGGACAUGCACAUGCAAGAGUUAAAGAAUAAUAACUAA